UAUUAGGAAACGGUGGUGGGUUGCUGUCGUUAAGAAAGCCAAAAGGAUAGCCGGGAGUUACUCCUCCCUCCGUGAAGAGAAGUGGAGGGGGGUGGAGAAGCGUACCGCGAGUGCCGUCACCGCUGUGUUACUCUACUAGCGCCUUUCCAACUGCGAUACAGUCACCGCCCAGUGGAAUCACCGGAGAAAACGUGGCCGGAAGUGGGUUGAUGAUACUAGGGUUUCUCGCUGGUUUUCUCUGAUUUUGAACCGCGCCGCCGCCGCCGCCGUCACCGGAGGAAGGGCGGCGACCGGCGUGGGUUGAUGAUGUUGCUGUUGAGGAUCUCUGGCUUUAUCUCAGCCUUCAUGGCUAUCAUCGUCCUCGCUCCUUCUUUGCAAUCCUUCCCUCCGGCUGAAGCCAUUCGAUCCUCUCAUUUCGAUCCCUAUCUUCGAUUCCCUGGCCGGAUCUCCUCGCCGGACCGGUUCUCCUUCCGGCAAGCCUCCCCUUUCCGCAAUGCCGCUGAAUGUGCUACCGUCGCUGAGAACUCCACCAUCUGUGACCCUUCUCUUGUCCACAUCGCCAUCACUCUCGAUGAGGAAUACCUCCGCGGCUCGAUCGCUGCCGUGCACUCCGUUCUCCAGCACGCCCUUUGCCCUCAGAGCAUCUUCUUCCAUUUCCUCGUCUCUGAUCCGGGUCUCCAAACCCUAGUUCUCUCCGCCUUCCCUGAUCUCCGUUUCAAGAUCUACUACUUCGACCCGGACCGCGUCCGCCGGCUUAUCUCCACCUCUGUCCGCUCCGCGCUCGAGCAACCCCUCAACUACGCCCGCAAUUACCUCGCCGACAUCCUCGAGCCCUGCGUCCGCCGUGUCAUCUACCUCGACUCUGAUCUCGUCCUCGUCGACGACAUCGCCAAGCUGUGGCGGACGCGCCUCGGCUCCCGCACCAUCGGUGCCCCAGAAUACUGCCACGCCAACUUCACCAAAUACUUCACCUCUCGUUUCUGGUCCAAUCCCCGCCUCGCCGGGACCUUCGCCGACCGCCGUCCAUGCUACUUCAACACUGGUGUAAUGGUUAUGGAUCUGCAUCAAUGGCGGAAGGCGGCGUUCACGAGAAGGAUCGAAAAGUGGAUGGAAAUCCAGAAAGGCGGUGGCUUAUCUGGUCGGAUCUAUGAACUGGGCUCAUUACCACCAUUCCUUCUCGUCUUCGCCGGACAUGUUGCCCCAAUCGAGCACCGGUGGAACCAGCAUGGCCUCGGCGGCGACAACGUGAAGGGUAGCUGCCGCGAUCUUCACCCGGGUCCGGUGAGCCUUCUUCACUGGAGCGGCAGCGGCAAGCCGUGGGCUCGCCUGGAUUCCAACCGCCCAUGCCCAUUGGACGCCAUCUGGGCCCACUACGACCUCUAUGGCCCCACCUCCACCGCCACCGCCACCGCCGCCGCCGCCGCCGCCGCCGACUCCUCUUCUUCCUCGCGACUUGUAUCCCUUCUUCCUGAUCAUUAAUUGGACUUUUGAUGUAAAUCCAAGAAUUACAAAGUGCAUUAGGUUAAUCAAAUUGAAGCAGAAGUAGAGCACUAAUCAAAUGGGGCUUCUCAAAGAUCUGGUGACCA